UCGUAUUACUAUUCCAAUUUCUUAUUCUAUGAAUUCAAACAACGCUGUAUUCAAAGUGCCCACUAUUACAUUCCAACUAGGCUAUAGAGUUUGAAUAGUUAUUAUAUUUCCAUGAUUCCAACAGUUCACCAGUGUUUUGAUCUAAAUCGCAAGUGAAAUCGUCGUUGAAAUACUUGGUUAAAAAAUAAAGGGUUGAUUUGUUGUCAAAAUCGUGCAGCCCUACGUGGCAGUGAGAAUACGAUCUCAAAUGAGAAACUUUUGAAGUUUGAUUGAACAGUAUAAAACAAUCAGAAUAGAGAAAGCCCCAUUGAAAACAUGUAAUUUAGGUACAGCCUUACAGUAUAUUAGGUACAGCCUUACAGUAUAUUAGGUACAGCCUUACAGUACAUUAGGUACAGCCUUACAGUAUAUUAGGUACAGCCUUACAGUAUAUUAGGUACAGCCUUACAGUAUAUUAGGUACAGCCUUACAGUAUAUUAGGUACAGCUUUACAGUAUAUUAGGUACAGCCUUACAGUAUAUUAGGUACAGCCCUGCUAGCCACCUCACCCACAAAAGAGACACACAUUUGAUACACCCCCAUAACCUCCUCUGACUGCAGCUGGAGAGGUUUGAACAGAUAAGAUUAUGACGUUUUGAAAUAUGCCUGUUCUGAUGUAUAUGGAAAUUGAUUUGUAAAAUUACUGAAAGAAAAUGUAUGUCUCUUGACUUGACAAACUGUAUUUUGUAUUCAUAUGUUUUGCAUUGAAAAAAAACAUGAUAAUAUAUAUGCUAUUUAUAUCAUCAACAUCAAUAUAGCACGUUAACUUUCACAUUUCAUUUUGUCUGAGCAUUUCCAGGUGUGCCACAAAUCUAUUUCAUGCAGGUGUGUUAGUGUGUGUGUGUGUGUGAGAGAGAGAGAUAAUUCCAUAUAUGACCAGCAGAGGGCAGCCUGCAGAAGGACUCCUCCCUGUCCUGCUCUCUCUCGGCGGACUGUCCUCGUUUGUUUUUGUUGUGUGAGAGGAAGGGAAGCAUCAAGCCUACAGAUUAAACAUUUGUGGGGUAUUUAUAAAUAAUUUCCUCACUUAAUUAUAUGAUGUUGCUUUAGAUCAGGUAUCUAUAACCGUAUUAUUUAAUUAGCGUGAUCCAUCGUUUCGUGCAGAGACUCAGAUCUAUGACAGGGAAGUGAAUGUCAAGCUAGUCGACUAGUUAGCUUCCAAUUACAUGCGAGUUAACUCACAACACCUUGCCAGCUACAGCCUAACGUUACAUCAAUAGAUUACGGGACAGGCCACUUCUCUGGGCAACUGUUUUACGUUAUCCAUUUUCUACAAAAUCGUGGGGGGAUUAAAUUUGAUCUAAAUCAUGAGUGAAGAGGAGAGUUCCACCUCAACGGGUAACAACAAGGACUCGAGUAUUUCGCUCCUACUAACCAAGGACGGACAGACGUACUACGUUGACAAAAGCGGUGUUGUCGACUGCAGAAAUGUAGUCACGCCGCAAGAAUCGGACAAUAACAUGUUCUCGUACGACAUGGAUGAUGCCGACGAGGAGAGCGACGUUUUAGACACCUCGGACCCGCGUGACAGCGCUGCGAGUCCCGAAGAGCUCAACGAGGAAGACGGAUUCGGGGAGAACGAGAACGUGUCGAAAACGUGCACGUACGACGGUUGUACGGAGACCACGACCCAGGUAGCCAAGCAGCGGAAACCCUGGAUGUGUAAGAAGCACCGUAACAAGAUGUACAAAGACAAGUACAAGAAGAAGAAAAGUGACCAGGCUAUGUCCAGCGGGAAACAAGAUGAGAGUUUGGAGGAGAGGCCUGUGUCUGUAAACAAGCAGCGUCUUGGCACCGUGGGGGACCGUCCGGCCAGACCCUCCCUCAUCGAACAGGUGCUCAACCAGAAGAGACUGUCUCUGCUGAGGAGUCCUGAGGUCAUCAGGUUUCUACAGCAGCAGCAGCGUCUCCUGACCACCCAAAGUCACAGCCAAUCACAGCCUGACUUCCAGGGCUGCUAACGGGACAACAGGGGAGGGGCCAGCCACUCUCUGUGUGUCCACCUCCAGACACGGGUUCUAGAAUGUAGAAUGUUCUGGAAUUAUGCUAAGUCAUUCUGGAACUAUUCCAUCUAUCACGAUGGCAGGAGGACACAGUUGUUAGUACCUAUCUAACUCAUAGGGGUUAACCAACCCCUAACCUUAACACAACCCUGACAUUACCCUAACUAUCUUAUGACUCGUUCACUUGAUAUAUACGCAUAUUGUCAGGUGCACCACUCAGACUGGUGCAGGACCCCCCCAAAACCUCGGAGCAGCCGUUCUACGUGGUUUUCCCUCCCUGCUUUCUUACGCGAUGAAUCAUGUGGGCCUGUACCCCCAAAAAACAUACAGAAACUGAAAUCCUAAUGUACUGUACUGCCCAUCCGGUGAGGUGAUACAGCAUGGCCAUGUAGUGACGCCCAGCGAAAAGAUAUUCAGGCUCGUUUACCGGAGUAGGUAGUAAAGACGGAAUGGAGACUGUAUUCUUAUCAACAUCAACUGUGCUUCCAAUCAAUCCAUUCAUCAAUCAAUCCAUCAAUCAAUCCAUUCAUCAAUCAAUCCAUUCAUCAAUCAAUCCAUUCAUCAAUCAAUCCAUUCAUCAAUCAAUCCAUUCAUCAAUCAAUCCAUUCAUCAAUCAAUCCAUUCAUCAAUCAAUCCAUUCAUCAAUCAAUCCAUUCAUCAAUCAAUCCAUUCAUCAAUCAAUCCAUUCAUCAAUCAAUCCAUUCAUCAAUCAAUCCAUUCAUCAAUCAAUCCAUUCAUCAAUCAA